GUGUCUCUCAUGUCACUCUCCAGUGCUGUCAGAUCCUUGUGGUCAAUGGGGUGGACCUGGGCACCAGGGACCAGGACGGCUUCACAGGAGCAGACCUGGCUGAGUACAACGGCCACUCCCAGUGUGCCAAAUAUCUGCGCACUGUGGAGAACAUGAGUGUGGAGCACCGUGUUUUGUCCCGGGACCCCUCAAUGGACCUCGAGUACAAGCAGCCGGACUCGGGUCUCUCGUCCCCAAACACCACCAUGCCCCCCGCCAGCCAGGCGGCACACUUUGACAUCAAUUCACCAUCCAGCUCUCUGUCCAACUACGACUCAGCCAACUCCAGCCAGUUCAGCACUGGGGAGAAAAGGAGCAGCUUGACCACGACACGCGGGCCGCCAGCUCAGCUGAACACAGUCGCACACACAGGUGCAUCAGAGUCAGCCAUUUCAGACAUGCAGGCGUAUAUGGACAUGCUAAACCCAGACAUAAGAUCUGAAGUGACCAAGAAGAACGAGAUACCUUCUGAUGCCGCCUCCAAGCCCCCACCACCACCAACCUAUCCACCCCCGCCUCCCCCACAGACCCCCCCGUCGCCUCCUCCACCCCCCAGCUUUCAAGCACCAACGCCCCCUAAGGAGCCGACAUCAGCGGAGUUCCUGAAGGUGAAAAGCAACCUGCGACACGUGGACAGCAACACCAGCAAGACGGAGUUGGGCUACUGCUCCAUUCGGGCUAUAGCUUUUGUGUAA